GGACUUCCUGUGACACAGGGGAGUCAACUUCUUCAUCCAAACUGCACACUCACAUGGCUUUUCAACUCACAUAUACGUACUCUAUGGAUUUGCUCCUUGACCUUAUCAUAAUUUGUAUUUGUAUGUUCGUUUAGGUGUGGUUGUCAUGAUCAGGAGCAUGUUUGGACGUCUGUGUGAGCUUCUCAAACACUGCCAGCUUCGACUUCUUCUCAUUGGUGUGAUUCUGGAGUCAUGCGUGGUGUGCUCGUCAGGACAGAUUAAACCAGUGUCUUGCAGGUCGGAUAAUCACACAUCCCAGUACAAGCACUGCCGCCUUGCCUUGCCGGGUGGUGUUGCUGGCAUGGAAUGUUUUGGAAAAUUUCACUCUCAGGGUUUGAUAACAUGUCAUUGGAGACGUGGAGCAGCCAGGGAAGAGCAGGCGAAGUUCACCCUUGUUAUCCGGCAAAAGAAAGACCGAUACUGUAGAGUGUACAAGACCACGGAGGACACGUUGACAAACAUCCGAGUGUUCAAACAUAACUUGACCGUGGAGGUUCUGGAACAGAUCGGAUCCGAAUGCUCCAAAGAUAUCGUCACAACGCAUUACAACAACCUCCUGCGCUGCGGUCCACCGCGACGCGUCACUUUUAGGCGUCAUUCGCACGGUUGGGUCAACGUCGGAGCUCAGUGGAGUCCGGACGACGCCAAGGUCAUCACAUCUGUCUGCGUGCGUCACAAAGAGGUCACAGACCACCGUGACUACCCCCAUCGCCAUGACGAUGGACAAUGGCACCAGACGUGUUGCCAGGGUGCCGCCGGGUGUCAUCUGGCGGGUGUGAAAGGCUUGCCGGUGCUUGAGGUUCAAGUGGCUUGCGAGAUCAACGACAAGUGCUCUCAGUGUCCAUGGAGUCAUGUUUACACGCUCCCGCCGGAGCUGACCAGUCCGCCACUCGGCCUCCACGUAAUGGAAAACAAGAUGGCCGACAGAGGAGGACAAAGAAUUAUCUCGCUGACAUGGACGUUCUUGGAGGGACAUGACGGCUUUAAUGUGUCUGUGGCCAAAGUGUCAGGGGAGCCUCCCCGGGAGGUCCUCAGCGUACCACGGCCGCCCAUCAGGUUACUGCUGUCCAACUCCGCCUUCCAAGUCCACGUCUCUGCUUUCAACAAUGUCAGCGUGUCGCCGGCUGCUAACAUCACGGUGAUGCCACCGCGUGAAGACGAUGACAGCGUCUCUGAUGAUGGCGGUAGACUGAGCGUGCGUGUCCACAACCAGACCACCUUCACUGUGGUGUGGAAGGACGACUUAGUCAAGAAGUACAAGUGCUUCUGUCUGGAGUGGAGUGCCACCCAUGGACCACAUCCACCAAAGCUGUUCUAUAAAUCCUUCUAUGAGGAAGUCAUCAACUUCUGGACGCUGUUUGAUAUCCCAGAGCGACUGCGGGCUUACACCAGCUAUGACGUCUGGCUACACGUGCGUGACCAACAGCAAACAUGCAACCUUAAGCAAGUGAAUAACAGCCAGGAGGCCACCUACGCCAAAGCACGCUUCUACUUCCGGGAAGGAUCUCCGGUGAGCGCUCCUUCCAACGUCAGCGUGGUGUCCGUCACGUCGUCCUCUCUGGAGCUACGCUGGUCGUCUAUCUCGCAGGAGAACCGGCGCGGGUUCCUGCUGGGCUAUGUGAUCCACUACGCCGAGGAUCGGGAGCUAGAGAGAAGUAAGACCCAAGGUUUCAUUAGUCGCCACAUUACCGUGGGGCUGCGGGUCCACAACUACACACUGGAGGGUCUCCGUAGCGGGGUGGCAUACCGGGUCCAGGUGUCCGGAUUCACACGGUGCGGGCCGGGGAUCCGGAGCGCCGCCAGGCUGGUGGAGACGCGACGUGGAGGUUCCAUUAACCUCGCGGUACUUCUCACCAUCUCCACCCUUGUUUUGAUGACCGCCAUGUUGGUGACGCCCCUCCUCAGAAGCAGGGCCAAAGUUGUCUUUUGGCCAAAUAUUCCCAACCCUGAAAGGAGCAAAUCCAUGCAGAAACUCGGUGCACCCACACAACCGCUCCUUCAGCGCGUCGAAACGCUCAAGCUGGAAGAAUGCAUCGUGGACAGACUGCUCGUCGUGGAGCUCCGAGUGCCGCCUUCCAAAUGCCAGCAAUCGGCCUGCUGCCGUUCGGCUGCCGUUGAUGAGGCGAGCGUGGUGAGCUCCCAUGAUGCUCCCUUAGCCGCCCCCUUCAGCGGAUACACCAGCUUGGACGUCAUCCAGCAGCUGAUGAUGGGCAAAGAAGGGGCGCUCACGCGCAAGGCUAUGUGACGCAGUUUAGCGUCGAGUGCACACUCGUGUACGUUUGAUGGGCAUGGAAAACGUGUAUUUGUCACAACCGUGAUCCAGGAAUUAAAUCCAAUCGUUCUCCAAUCCUGCAGGGGGCGAUGCAUGAAGCACAAAAAAAAUCACUUGUUUAAAAAUGCGUUUUUUGGUGUUUUUUUUUUUUUUUACUCAAACAUCACGUCAAAUAGAAGCUUGUGGACAUGAAACAAAUUCACAAUCACAUCAGUGCUCUCUUUUAAAAAAAUAGAAGAAAUCAAAUAAUUUGUGGAUUUAUGACAAUACUGACUUUGUCUUUAGUAACCGAUGCUUUGCGCUAGAUGCUAUGUAAAUAAACGUUUCCGAUAUUUUGUA